UUUCUCCAUAACAACUUCGGUUACACCGAAAAUCGCGAGCGAUAUUUCCUGAAAGCAAUAUUUGCGAUCCUCUGUAGAAUUGUAUACAUAUUAUCAAACACAGCUCUUCCAACUUACAAAAUCAUUUACAAAAGAAACAUCAGAAAAAGACAUAGAUUUGGAUAACAUGGAUGAUGCGAUGCGCUCAGGGAGAAUUGACCGCAGGAUCCCGAGAUAUACGAGGAGACGGUCGGAGUCUCAACCACACCUACCCGUACCAGUCCGGGAGUCAGGGAGAAAGAGAAAAUCCCAGAAGCCAUCAUGUCCCGUCAAUGGAAAGGACCCAAAAUUAGGAGAGAAAAUUAACGACUGGCUGACGUCAAUGAGGAAGAAAGUCGACGAGCAAUGUACGGACAGCAACUAUCAAAACGUUGACAAAAGGUCAAGUUAUGAGGAAACCGACAUAAGUCAAACUUUUGAUACCGACCGAAAUGACAUUUCGAGGACUCCAGAACCAAUUGAUCUUGUAGCUUCGAAGACGUUUAUGUACGUUGUAUCAGAUAAUGAGGAACCAAAGCGCAGAAAAAGAAGGAGAAAACGAUCGAAAAAGAAGAGGUCUGAGCGGAAACACAGGCGUUUUCAAGAGGAGAAUACAGCGUGCUUAUUUCACAGGGAGCAAACUGGACAACCGGAAGCUACGUCAAUAGUCUCAGAAUCCCUCAGUCCUGCUGACACGAAGACUUGUACGUCUGUUGUGAAUUGCCAUGAUAAACCUCGCAAGGCUAAAAGGCGGAGGAAGAAGACGAAGAGGGCAGCACGAAAUGAAACGGAAGUGAUGUCACAGAUCAGCGAUCUUGCUAUUACUGCCAGGAAGCGAUUCCGCGAGGCCGAAAUCAAUGUUCUGACGUUCAGACUGAACAAACUAUCACUUGACGGUCACGCAACGAGCAUGUCCACUGGGCGGAAACGGAAGUAUGAAGAUGAUCCACGUGAGGAAACGACCGGAAGUGACGUGAAGACCCUGGAUGCUAAAAUAAGAAAACUAACCAUCAAUUGAGCUUUAAGUAGAGCCAGCGAAGUAGGAAUUUUACAGCGAAUUGAUAGACUUAUUGAAAUACGAGAAACAGUGUUGGAGGAAAACCCCGUAAAAAAUGAUUCACAUUAUUUUAUAUGAUGUCUAUGAUACUUAUAUCUGUUUAUUCCAUGGAUUUUUUACCGGUUUUCAUUACAUAUAUUACUGUAUUAAUUGAAUGUCAUAUAUACCAAAUUAUAUUGAAUUAUAUAAAAAAAAAAAUGAAAUAAA